AGUGUGAAGAAGGUCCAAUCCCAUGGAAUCCAACCAUGACAGAAUUUCAAAGACGUCAAAUCACUGUCAGUCGCAGUAACUCUGAUUGCACAGCAAAACGAAUGGCAGGAAACUCAACGAACCAUUUCAUUCGGCAAUAUGUUGAUAGGACCAGCUUCAGACGAAAGUCGGUAAGUGUUUAUACAAGUCCGUUUAAAAACCCAGAAAACAGAAAUUAAUAAAAAGAUUAAAAAAAGUAAAAGGUCUUGGCAAAAGGUCGUAUUUUUUUAAUAGAUAAUAUGUUUACAGUGUAAAACUGUAUCAUGAUUAAUAAUCUUGGUAGUCUUACAACAGCUUCAAAUCUUCCCCGUUCGUCUUUUAAUACUUUUCUCUCUUAAAUAUUUAAAUAUUUAAAAUAUUUCUCUACCACAGCGACCUGUAUCAUGGCAACCACCGCCAUCUUGGAUACAAGGUAGCUCAGUCCCAAGUCAACAGUUACCUCCUCAAGGCAACGAUUAUCUUGGUGGCAGUAGGACAUCUUUGGAUGUUGAACUUGAACUAGAGGCAUCGAAAGCUAAACAGGUAAGGUUGGUUAAAGCCUGGAUAUUUAUAUAGCGAGUAAAUCCAAACAACGGAAGAACAUAGUUCAGAGAACAAUGAGCGACAGUGGAGAGAGUGGGAGCAACACUGUGUGCCUCUCAAAGACACCACAAAAGCUGCUGAAAAUAUUCUAGAGCAAUUUUGAAAGCGGCUUUGGGACAAGCUACCAUUAUAAUUUGUUGUUGUUACCAUUAUAACUUGUUGUUGUUGUUGUUGUUGUUGUUGUUGUUGUUGUUACCAUUAUAACUUGUUAAUUGUCACCAUUAUAACUUGUUGUUGUUACCAUUAGUAACUUGUUGUUUUUACCAUUAUAACUUGAUGUUGUCACCAUUAAUAACUUGUUGUCACCAUUAUAACUUGUUGUUGUUACCAUUAUAUAACUUGUUGUUGUUACCAUUAAUAACUUGAUGUUGUUACCAUUAUAAUUUGUUGUUGUUACCAUUAUAACUUCUUGUUGUUACCAUUAAUAACUUGUUGUUGUUACUAUUAUAAUUUGUUGUUGUUACCAUUAAUAACUUGUUAUUCUUGUAAAUGCUUCUAAUUAGUUACAGCUAUUCCAACAUUUCUACUUUCGAGUAAUUUCAACCGUUACUCGCGAAAAAAACGUAUAGAAGACUCAUUCGGUAAUUAAUAUGACAUGUUUUUUCUGAUGAGUUAUUUUAUUUGUAGAUCCAAUUAGGCAAGGAAAAUGCUCGUUUACAAGAGAUGAAAAGAAUAAUGGAAGAAGCACAAUCAAAAGGUUCAACAGAAUUACCCGCUUUGCUUGAAAACAGAGAUUUUAAACGAUUUUUAAAAGAAGCUGAAAAGGUACAUGAUUGUAUUAUACAUGAUGGUCACACCUAAUCUUUCAGGAAGGACAUGGAUUCAUAUAAUCAUGCUUAGAAUAGUAUAACAGCGAUAUACAGUGUGUAUCAAAAUAAUUCGAAUCCAAAUUUGGCGUGUAAUAACGCAGAAUAUAUUUGACAAAUUCGGUUGGUUUUUACACCAUUGUUAAGUUCAUUUAUUUAUCUUUCAAAUGACAUGCUGUACGCGUCAUUUAGUUGGAAAAUGAAGGAGUAUUGCUUUGACAAAAAAGUCCAUAAAAAUCACAAUUUUCCGCCGAUGGGAAUUGGACAUUUUUUCUUUCAAAGUUAGUCCCACAAGGCUUUGAAAUGCUAAUCAUCACUGAAAACUAAAAUGCAAAUUUAACGCGAAUUUCUUCUCGUUCAACAUGUUGAAGGCAUAGGAGCUUAAAUCUCUUCAAAUGAACACGAAUUUAUGUAAAUUUUGCUACAUAACAGUUUGUUGAUUAAUUAAAUUUGCAUUAUCUUUUGUUUGUACGUCUCACUUCGAAUUCCCAUCGGCGGAAAAAUGUUAGCGUUUCCCAGCAGCCUUUCACGCUCGUAUUCGACUUUUCCGCUUUGCAUGCUGUAUAUAUAUAUAUAUAUAUAUAUAUAUAUAUAUAUAUAUAUAUAUAUAUAUAUAUAUAUAUAUAUAUAUAUAUAUAUAUAUAUAUAUAUAUAUAUAUAUAUAUAUAUAUAUAAAAUAGUCUGUGCUAGGUUAUAAAAACCAAUGAUAGAGUGCUCAAUGGAUAACCAGAGCAUUUAAUAGAAAGACACAAAACAAAGCUUGCCAAACAAAGCUUGCUAAGUUUUUGUGUCUUUCUAUAUAUAUAUAUAUAUAAUUGCCCAAUUUUUGUAGUUAGAAUAUUUCAUUGAUUUUGUCUGUUUUGUUUCGUACAGGCUUCUGUACAACCGAAAGGUUCAGUUGUUUCGAGUAUUGUUCCACAAACAACAUCCAGUCAAACUCCACAGAGAGGAUCAAAACAAGAGGAGAUUAAAAAAUUUAAGUAAGUACACCCAAGAUGUUUCGUGGCAGCAUUUUAAAUAUAAUGUGAGAAACGUCUGUCCAUAUACUUGAUAACAUUGUUGCAAACAAUAAAUGUGGUUGUUCAAUAAUUAUUUUCGCUUGUUGCGAACGUGAAUAUAGUUAUUGUUGGGUCAACAACAUCAAUAUUGUUGCAAUGUUGUUCUACAUUUUAUGCAACAGUGUGUAGCCUGAGUCGUGUAGAAUAAGAUAUUUACCGAUUAUUUUACCUUCUAGAAAUAAAAUGGACUUUAUAACAAGUUUACGUCUUCGCGUUCCUCAACCACCUUCUGAUAUGGAGAAACCUUGUUUAGUUUAGUAUAGCUAUGUAUAUUAUAAUAUAGCGAUUGACAAAGUCGAUUAUGUAGCUCAAGAAAUUAACCCCAAAUAUAUAUAUAUAUAUUAUUUUAUAUUAUAGUUAAAAACAUUUAAAAGCCAAUUAUAAAAGGCAGACAUUAACUUAACCAAACAUUAUUAUCGAUGGGAAAAUUUAUAAAAUGGGAGACCAUCUCUUUCUAAAUAAUAUUUAUUGAGAAUAUUUGUUGGAUCAACGUGCGAAUUAUGUACUAUAUAAAUAUUUACUAUUGUAAAUAGUAUAAUUAUUAAACUGAUACAGUUGUAUGUAUCAUGCGACAUUAGCCUUGAGAAAUGUAGCAGUUUUAAAUAACCCAUCUUCAUGAGUAAAAUUGUCUGGUGUUUGCCGAGUAGAGUACUCAAGUCGGACAAAGUGUACGAAGGGUUCAAACUACAUUGUGAUGUGUAAAACACAUUUUGCACAUAAUAACAAAUAGCCUACGCUUAUACCCCCAACCGUUACCUUUUCUUGUGAAAACACGCGAAACCCGCGUGAGACGAAAUUGGAAAAGCGUGGGCUAGAGUGGGAAUCCCACAAAAACGAUUGGAAUGGCUGAAAUUCAGAAUUUUAAGACGACCAUUUAAAUCAUGCUACUUAAGAAAUGUGUGGGUUAUUAAAUUGCUACAUUUCUGUUAUGCUAUGUUGUGUUUGUAUGUUGUAAUGUUGUUACCAGGGUGAUGCAGAGGAGCCCAUGCAGAACCUACUCAUAGAAACACUUGCAUGAAGGUUGGUUCAAAGCUAGCUAGCUAGCCUGAAAAUGCAGUCGCAGUGUACCACUAUAUGUAGUUCCACGUAUUGUGUUACAUGACCAAGAGUUUUCACUACCUUAUUGUUCUUCGUGAUAUCAUGAAAUUUGGGACAGUUCCAGUACCCCUGCAAAGUUGUUUUUUUCACUAGGAAAACUUUCCCACGACACUUUCUUUGUCUUAUGGGCAAUUGAGUGAAACUAGGAAUGCAAAAAUAUUCCCAUAGUGCAAAACCCACUUCAUUGUUCUAAUAUUUGGUGAUUUUGAAAGGGUUUUUAUUGCCACGAAAGCCAUGUUUACUUUGUGAAAUACAUUUGUCGUGAGAAUUAGAAGAUGGCUGUUCUUGAUAGAAUUGUCCAUUUGGCUGAUUGUAUAUACGACUUUCCGAGUACAACUGUUCAGAAUAAUUUUUAAUUUAGUUCAAAUAUUAUUUUAUUCCACAUGCAUACAGUAUAAAUUUUCCCGUUCGUUACACUGGCUGUCUGUGCAUGCGUGAUUUUGUUGGUCUAGCGCAGAUACAAACACUGCAUAUAUUCGUGCCAUAUUGCGACUGCAUCCAACAAGCUAUGCAUGUUUUGUGUGUUUCACAGAGCAAUGGUUCUGGUAAUACUAUAGACUGCAGGCAAUGCAUGGUAUUAUAUAAAUCAUGGUGUUCCUCAGUAAUCCUGGUUUAUUGUUGUAGUGCAAAGCAUAUAUUUCAGUUUAUUCAAAUCCUCUUAGAGGAGUAUCUUGUACUCACAAUGCAAUAAAUUACCAUGUACGUAAACCGU